UGUGCAGCACAUGCUCGCAUAUAAGUACGUACGUGCCGCGCUACGCUUCAAGGCAGUAAGAUCAGCCAUCUUCACGUUCCAUUUUGUUGUGCACCACGCGCGGCAGCUCUUCCUCUGUCCCACAGAGCGUCCAUUGAAGCUAGCUGUAGUGUUCUUGCUUAGCAGCCAACUAACCAAUGGGGAGGAGGUUGCCGGCGUUGUGCCGCGGUCGGGCGGCGACGCGGGUGAGGAAGCGCGUGAGCUACUGCUCCUCCAAGCUGCUGCCCGCGGUGACCAGCUGCGGCAGCAGCACGAUCAAGAAUGCUGCAGCAGCAGGAGCUGGAGGCUGGUACGGUGGCAAUGGCGCCGCCGCAUCUAUGGUUGGCAUGGGCGGCGGGCGGCGGGUGAUGGUGGUCGCUGACGGGCGGGCGGAGGCGGUAGGCGCGCUCGAGUGGGCGCUGUCGCAGGCCGUCCGGAGCAACGACGCUGUCCUGCUUCUCGCCGUCGUCAAGCCGGACCUCGCAGAUGCGGGUGCUGAUGGCUGCGUGAAGAUGUCAAGGACGAGGUGCUAUGAACACCUCGAUGCCAUGAGGAGCUUGUGUGAAUCUACCAGGCCAGAGGUGAGGGUGGAGGUGUGCGUGGUUGAGGCGGAGGAGCGCGCGCCGGCGGUGGUGGACGCGGCGAGGCGGCACGGCGCGUCGCUGCUGGUGCUGGGCCAGAGCCGGCGGGCGGCGACGGCGCGCUGGAUCAUGGGCCUGUGGCCGGCGGCGGCGAAGCGUCAGUGCAGCAGCAGCGGCGGGCGGCGGCGGGGAAUCGGCGGCCUGGUGGAGCAUUGCAUCGAGCACGCGCCGUGCGAGGCGCUGGGCGUGCGCCGCCGGAGCUCCGGCGGGUACCUCGUCUCCAGCAAGCGCCACAAGGACUUCUGGCUACUCGCUUAGCUGAAAUACUCCAGCUACCCAGGGAUCGCUUCUCUGCUCGUGGUAAUCAAGGUAGGUGACGGAUGGGUUACAGCGAAGGGCUCCGGCUGGCUGGACGGUGAUCAGCAAUGUGUCUACUGGCCAAAGAUUGUUGUUUUUUCCUUUUUUUUCAAAAAGAAAGUCAUAGCUCUCCAUACUCGGAUCUGCCAAAGAUCAGUAAUCUACCGGCUGUAGUAAGAAAAUGUCGGUUAAUUAAACAUGUACAACAUGUUGCUGGGAAGUGGGAACCAUGCGUAUGGAUUAUCUGGUCUGUAAAAGCAACAGAUAGCUCUCAACAUGCAAUUGUCUCCCCCUUCAAAAAA